GAGAGCACACACAUGGGAAGCGUUUAAAAAGAUUCCGAAAAGAGUUGGAAGGUUGUCAGAAAGCCUCAGCAGCUGGUCGGUACCGCAGCUAAUUAACAUACAGCCUGUUUAUUUAACUCCUCCGGGUUUUCUGAGGACUUCCGUGCUCUCGGACAGAGUACCGCAACCUGUUUCCUCCAUUUUUUCCCCCCUUCUUUUUCUUCUUUUUCUUCCCUCGGCUCCAUCUGCUGACAGACACACACUGCAGGAUGACAACACAUUUCAGGAGCGGCCCGGCUUUUGGACUUUCUGCUGAGGUCAAGAGUAAGCUGGCUGGGAAGUACGACCUACACAAGGAGGAGGAGCUGAGGCUGUGGAUCGAGGACGUGACCGGCAAACGAAUCGGAGAGAACUUCAUGGAGAGUCUGAAGGACGGAGUCUUGUUGUGCGAACUUAUUAAUAUUCUACAGCCAGGUUCAGUGAGGAAGAUCAACCACUCCAGUCAGAACUGGCACCAGCUGGAAAACAUUGGGAAUUUCGUCCGCGCCAUCUCGGAGUACGGCCUGAAGCCGCACGACAUCUUCGAGGCCAACGACCUGUUUGAGAACGUCAACCACACGCAGGUUCAGUGCUCCCUCAUCGCCCUGGCCGGAAUGGCCAAAUCGAAAGGUUUCCAUUCAAAGUACGAUCUGGGCGUCAAGUACGCUGAGAAGCAGCAGCGGCACUUUGCUCCCGAGAAGCUCAGGGAAGGACGGAACAUCAUCGGCCUGCAGAUGGGCACCAACAAACUCGCUAGCCAAAAGGGCAUGACCUCCUACGGUACACGACGCCAUCUUUACGAUGCCAAGAUCGCCAUGGAUACCCCAUUGGACCAGUCCACCAUCAGCCUACAAAUGGGCACCAAUAAGGGGGCCAGUCAGGCCGGCAUGAUGGCACCAGGAACCAGGCGGCACAUCUUCGACAAGAAGCUGCAGCUGGAAAAAUGCGACACCUCCACCAUCUCCCUGCAGAUGGGCACCAACAAGGUGGCCUCCCAGCAGGGCAUGACCACCUACGGCCUGCCCCGCCAGGUCUACGACACCAAGUACUGCGCCAACCCCGUGGACACCUACUACAACAACGGCAGCGAGGUCGAGUUCGACGGCUACAACCAGUACUCUGACUAAAGAAGCCACGCCCCUCUCCCCACAGGGGUCCCUCCCCUUUGCUUUAACGCCAGACAACCAUCCACAGCGACGAGCAAAGCCUCCAGACUCUGAAUGACGUCACGGCGUCAUUAGUUUCCCCCCAUCGCUUUUUUUCCCAAACAUGUUUUUACAGCGAAGGAUUUUAUAUUUUGCUUUUCCAUGAGCACAAGAUAAAAUAAAAUGUUGUUUACACUGGCCUUGCGUUGCAAAAAAUAUAGGUCAUGCUGUGGCUGACUUCUGUUGCCGUGGUUAUUGUUGUUUGUAGAAAAUACCCACGCAAAGAAGUUGAGAUAUAUUGAUCUUUGCUAUUUAUAGUUUUUUUGUUUUGUUUUUUUUCGUUUUAUAGCUUUUUUUUUUUUUAUUCACAGAUUUUAACUCUUGACACCUUAACUUCUCGUUCUGAUGGGAGUAGAAUCAGGAAGUUGGUGCUAUUGAACUUUGACCCAGCCACAUUAAAAGUUCCGCAGGCUGGAAGGAAAGUUUGGGAAGUAAAAGUCGGAGCCCCGGAUUGAUCCGUAAAACGACAGACGCCGAUCCAGCAACGUUAGCCAUCAGGGAGCGCUGACCUGUGGGAGCGCUGACCUUUGUUGGCGGCAUUCGGUUUUCCGAGGAAACGUUCGGAAUGAUUUUCAGUCACAACCGUUCACCGCUUUCACAGAGGAACACGCGUAUGUGUAAUGUUGUGUAGUCAUAGGUGUGGAAAAUGUAUUUAUCAGUAGUUUCUUGUAUUGCACGCAAGUCCACUUAAGUCACUCUUUGUGCUUUUGUCAGCAGUUUCCUUUAGUUGUUAAUUUAGGCUUUGGUGGUGUUUCUUCACUUGCACUUGAGGUUUUGCUUAGAAAAUGGCGGUGGAAUGUCGCGAGCUAUAGUUAUUCAGAAACGACUAAUAAUUUAGUAUCACUACAGUGGCGCCCCCGGGAAACGCAAUUAAAGAACCGCAACCAUUAGCAAUUUAUUAAAACCUGCAAAUAACUGAGACUCCUCUCAAAAGUUCAUCACUAAGGGUGUACCGAUUGCCAUAUUUUGGCCGAUCAUCGACCGUUAAGGAGCCUGGCGAUUUUUAUUUUUUUUGUAUCCCUCCCCCUCUAAACGUGGCUACGAAGUUGCUAAGUUGGCAACAGUGGGGUGACUACUGUUAAGCGCUCAUGUACCGAUGUGACAUAGUGGGCAGAUUUCCGUCGGCACUCUCACCGCAGAGAAAUGGGGAAACGGGCUGAUAUUUUAUUUUUUUUAGACUUUUGCAGAUGUAAAUAAGACCCAAGUGUACCUACCGAUUAUCCAAAAUUACGUAAAUCAGUCGGCCUCAUCAGUGCCCCCCUAUUUAACUGCCCUUUCCUUUAAGUAGUUCAAAUACUAAACAUACCUUAUAUUAUUUUGAAUUUCUCAGAUGUGCUCUGCAGAGAAAUCAGCAAAUAGCCGAUUAAUUUGGUUGUCUGCUGAAAUGAGAAAUCUGCGUAGGUGAAUCUGUGAAUACUGGUCCUCAAUUGGGCCGGGGGCACCACUGUACACAUAUCGAUGAUAUCAAGUGAAGUAAAAUAAUUUCUUUUGCCUGAUGAAUAAUAAUGAAGCAUCACUUUGCUUGAGAUGUAGGAGAUUAAUCUUCAAUGGUGAUUGAUGACCAAAACCCUAGGAGGACUUUCUCCAGUCACUAAUGUCUUUUGUGGAAUCUGGAGGGUUUUAUUGGCCACAACGGCAUCAGGAAAACCCUCACCCUCAAAUCCAACUGUAACACCUGGGACCAACCACAAAGAGCAGGUAUCGGGAACAGCGUGCCACCAUUCUCAAAUCUGAUUGGCUUAUAGACGAGGGCUGAGUACCAGCAACUAAUGGAGAAAUAAAUGGGGCCAAGCUGCUUGCUGAAACCUUACUAAAAUCAGACCUAGAGAAAUAUUUCUGAUCAUUGUCACUUUAUUGUAAGGUUGCAGAUGCCACUCAUCAUUGUGAUAUAUUAUCCAAUUAGCUGUUGCUAAGAACGUCUGCAGUUCAUAUUAAUUGGAAGUACGCCAUCUAGUGUCGCUUGCAUGACUUAUCAAUCCACCACUUUUAUAAAUUCUUUUUUAUUGUUGUUGUUGAAUUUACUGUUUCCAAUUUAGUUUUUUUUUUUGGAUUGUGCACUAAACUGAAUGUUUUCAUUCUGUCACCACAACAGCAACGAUGUGGGCUUCGUUGUAAAUAAGCAGUUUCACCGUAAAAUUCUGUUCCAGGAUCGCUGUGCGCCUUUCA